GAGAAAAGACACCACAAUAUUAAUUAUCCCCGCAAAUCUCUUUUUUUCAAUUUUGGUACGGUGAUAGAAUAUGUCUCAUAAGUGAGGCAAUUAAAGGUUCAAAUUGCACUUGGCUCUACCCUACAUGCACGACUCUUCAACUUGAUCUCUUCACUUCUUCCCACAUUAAUCUUCCACAAAACUUUCUGUCUCUAAAGAUGAACAAUAAGCAUUCUUUCCCGGGUUUUAUUUUGUUCAUGCAGUCGCGUAUUGUUUCCAGAGUGAAUUUCUUCUGGAUUCAUCUCUUUUACUACCUAACUAUCUCUUCUGUAGGUUACUUAGCGUUAAGGGUCACCAAGCCAAGAACUGCGCCCUCUUUUCAGCCUGAAAACUUGGACUUAUUCUUCACUUCUGUGUCCGCAAUGACAAAUUCUAGCAUGUCAACCGUCGAAAUGGAGGUUUUCUCCAAUCUUCAACUCGUUUUUAUGACCAUCCUGAUGUUCAUAGGUGCGGAGGUUUUCGUCUCCUGGCUUGAACUUCAUCUAAAAUCUAAACUUCCCAGAAAAAGACCCAUUGAAAACGACAUAACUGAACUUGGUUUAGCCACCUUAUCAAGUCCACAAAACGAGAAUUCCACAAAAAAUAAUUUCAAGCGUUCACUCGAUAAUUCCAUCAAGAUUUUGGGCUAUGUUAUAUUAGGUUAUCUUGUAGUAGUUCUUGUAGGCGGAACCAGUGUAUUUUUACUUUACGUUAGCCUCGUUGAAAGUGCAACAGAAAUUCUAAAACGCAAAGGUCUUCACCCAGUAACAUUUUCUGUGUUCACAAUCGUUUCUACUUUCUCAAACUGUGGUUUCGUCCCCACAAAUGAAAAUAUGAUCGUUUUCAGGAAGAAUUCAGGUCUUCUUUGGGUUCUAAUGCCGCAGGUUCUCCUUGGAAACACAUUGUUUCCAUCUUGCCUGUGGCUUGUCAUCAGGGUUUUGAGUAAAAUCACAAGACGAGUGGAGUUUGAAAACAUGUUGAGAAAUCACAAAGAGAUGGGAUAUUUUUAUCUGUUGUCUGGUGUUCAUUCUUGUUAUCUUGGAGCAACUGUUUUUGGGUUGUUGUUUGUGCAGUUUGUCUUGUUUUGUUCCCUGGAAUGGAAUUCGGCAGCCAUGGAUGGUCUAAGUAUCUACCAGAAAGUGGUUGGUUCUUUAUUUGAAGUGGUUAAUUCGAGGUACACAGGCGAAUAUGUGUUCGAUCUCUCCAUACUUUCUUCGGCUGUGCUGGUGCUCUUUAUUGUUAUGAUGUAUCUCCCACCUAGUAUAUCUUUUUUACCAAGAAGAUAUCAAGAAGAAGAUUCAAGAAAAUGCCAACUCAGGGAAAAUGAUAAAAAGAAGAGUUUUAUGGAGAGUCUGAUAUUGUCACAACUCUCUUACCUUGCUAUCUCAAUCAUCAUAAUCUGCAUUACUGAGAGGGAUAGAAUUAAGAACGACCCCCUCAAUUUCAAUGUCUUAAACAUCACGUUUGAAGUUAUAAGUGCAUAUGGGAAUGUUGGGUUCUCAACUGGGUACAGUUGUAAACGGCAAUUGAAACGUGAGAGCUUUUGCAAGGAUACUUCUUAUGGAUUUGUUGGAAGAUGGAGUGCUGGAGGAAAACUAAUGCUGAUUAUAGUCAUGUUCUUUGGAAGGCUAAAGAGAUUCAACAUGAAUGGUGGUAAAUCUUGGAAACUCUCCUAAGUAAAUCUUCUUAUUGGGGUAUUGUUACUGGGGAAGCAACAUAACAUAACAACUAUAAUUUAGUGACUUUCAGAGUUAUGUGUAUAUAUAUAUACACGUGUAUAUAUAUAUAUUUGGGGGUUGUUAUGUGCACGUAUAAUGAGUAUCAAUUUAUACACCAACGAUAAUUUGUUGUUAUGUGUUUGAAUCUUAUUUAUCUUGAAUUUAAAAUCACUUAAUCAUAUGAUGAUACAUUAUCGUUGAUACCCAAAUUGAUACUCAUUAUAAAUACAUAUAGUUUUAUUGUAAUAUAUAUUGGAUUUGGGUUUGGGUUGUGUUGUAAUACUUGAGAACAAAUAACUAUUUUAAUGUAA